UGAUUUGUUGUCCGUUUCUUUGUUUUGCUCUGAAAAGAAGUCUUGAAAAAACAGGCCUUAUUUUGUUUUUCUUUGUUUGCUUUUAAUGUGAAAAGCCAAUAAAGGAAUGACGGGUGGAUUCGUCCUUGAUCCGUUUUGUCCGUUUUAUAACCGUGCUUGUCCAGCGUUUCUUUGUCUUUGUGAGAAAAGCAAAGGAGUUUUUAUUUGUGUGCUGGUGGCCAAGAAGCCUUCAAAGAGCAUCUCAGCACUCAAAGCACUCGGCUGCCUUGUGAUGGCAUCACGUGGCGUUGCUGGAAAUGAUGCGGGACGAUGAAGCCUAUAAAAGGGACAUCACCGUCAGACACUCACUCUACUUCCGCCUGGAAGAGACCGACAUCUCCGUUCUUCACGACCGAUCAUCCAACCGUCCUUCCUUCUUCCAGCCCGUUUGGUUCUGAGACGACUCUUCAGCGGACAAGAUGAGAAUGAUCCUUCUGCUGGUGCAGCUGGCCACCUGCUGUGCCAUCGGCUCAGCUAUCAACUGCUAUCAAUGUAACCUUGGAGUGUCCUACUUCACCAGCUGGGACUGGAGUACUCAAUGUACCCUCACCCCAUGUGCAGCAGGAGAUCAGUGCUUCAUCACCAAAGAUACGAGUACAGGCACCUACCAGGUGGGCUGCAAGGCUGGUUGGAAAGAUAAUGCUAACACUAAGUGCUGUGACACUGAUGGAUGCAACAACUGGCUGGACGUGGCUGCUGCACCAGCAUGGAAGAAGCUGGAGGCCAUCAAGGCAGCUUGCAGCAACAACAACGAUCUCAAAGCCUGCCUGAAAGCCAUCUCCUCCACCAAGACUCCCAGCUGCUAUCAAUGUGACCUUGGAGAGAACUACUUCACCAACUGGGACUGGAGUACUAAAUGUACCCCCACCCUCACCAAAUGUCCAGCAGGACAGCAGUGCUCCAUCACCAAAGAUACGAGUAGUUCAGGCCAGGUCUCCUAUAAGAUGGAAUGCAAGCCUGCUUGUAAAGAUGGUACUAACACUAAGUGCUGUGACUCUGAUGGAUGCAACAACUGGCUGGACGUGGCUGAUCCAACCCAACAGGCUGCUGUCAGCACAGCUUGCAACGACACCAGCAUUAAUCUCCAAGAGUGCCUGGAUGCCAUCAAGACCAAGACUCCCAGAUGCUAUUCAUGCUCUGGUCCCCUUGGAGCGAACUACUUCACCAGCUGGGACUGGAGUGCUCAAUGUACCCUCACCCCAUGUGCAGCAGGAGAUCAGUGCUUCAUCACCAAAGAUCAGAGUGCAGGCACCUACCAGGUGGGCUGCAAGGCCAAGGCUGCCUGUGACAGUGAUGAUGCUAACACUAAGUGCUGUAACACUGAUGGAUGCAACAAGUGGCUGGACGUGGGCGAGGAUGCUGAUGCAUGGAAGAAGGUGGAGGCCAUCAAGGCAGCUUGCAGCCCCUCCAGCAACGACCCCAAAGACUGCCUGAAAGCCAUCGACCCAAACCUCAUCAGUGGUGGGGGGGGGCUGGCUGGUGCUUUGGGCCUGCCUUUGGUCUUGGCCAUCAGCGUGAUUGUGUUGGUGGUACUGGGCUAACCCCCCAUGC